AUGGAUACCUCUAAGACUACGACACCUCCGGCGACACCGUCGCGCGCCUCGAUUGAUCCCGCUCCCAGUACCCAACGCUCAUCCGUCUCCAUGCAUCCACCCAGGAUGGAUAACAGUGAUGAUUUCAUCGAACUUCCACAUAUUCCAGGUCUUGUCGACGUCAACCCAUCGCCCAUGCUGAUGCAAACACCCAUUACUAUCGAAUGCGGGCCCAAGUUGGAGACGAAGCUCACCUACCACAAAGAGAUGAUAUGUUGCCACAGCAAGAAACUCGAAGCUAUGUUCGCAAAGGCCAAGCCUAUCAUGGUCCACUACGAAAAGGCCGACAAGUUCCGAAACGAUCUGGCCCGAUACGUGUUUCCUGAGGUCAACGCCAAGGAGUUCGAAGACCAAAAGAUGGAUAGACAGGCUAUACCAUUGAUCAAGGAAGCCUCCGAGAACUACCCUCUGCUCGGAUAUGCUGGUCUUGUCAAGAAAACCAUCAUGGACGCAGUAGCAGGCGAGAUGAUCGCCAAGAACAACAGGAAAACGGCACAAGCUCCGUCAGCCGAUUUGAGUCUGGCAGGCCGCUUGUUAAUCCUCAAGCCGCAAGCUGUACAUGAAGUAGCCGCAAAGCUCUUUGCCGUCGUCCACCGCAUCAACAAGUCCGAGAUCCGCAAGGCAGAGCAAGAUCCUUUGAAGGCGGCCGCCCAACAUCGUAUUAUACUUCCCGAUGUUGAAGAGUCCACAGUUCGAGCGCUCAUGCAGUGGAUCUACCAGGGUCCGCAACCGCUCGAAGGGUCCGAACAGACUUAUGCUGUCAUGAAACUUGCUGAGAGGCUCGGUGUUGCUGCGCUCGCCAUCAGAUUCCGUGACGCGCUGUGCCACGUCACCAACGCCAGCAUCGAGCGCGCCGAUGCCGAUGGUACCUCUUUCCAAACGCUCAUAGGAUAUGGCACGGCACCCGCCGCUGACGACAUUGUGAGAGUCGUUUUUGAGCACGCUAUGAAGGACGAGAACGCGCCUGAGAAGCUCAAAGGCCUCAUCAUUGAUGCCUUGGCCGGUUAUCUCGAUCUUGAGUUAUGGCAGCAUGUCAAGGGCCAGAUCAACCACAAGACGGCACUUCAAAUAAUCGAGUCUAUGGUGCGCUUGCGACCGCUUGUCAAGACCGAGAUGGACGGGCAAGACAGCAUCAAAUCCGAGAGCCAGAAAAUCUCUAGCGUAUCCACCCCAGAGGACAUGGAAGUCGACGAGGACAAGAAACCCAUCCACGUCAAAGAGCAGAACGAAAACCACGUUUGA